UUCCCUCAAAGAAGGUCAUGAUUAUAAUGAUGUCACAUUAACACGCUACCAAACCCAACCCGCCACCAUUGAAGAACAAACAAAAAGAGCUUCCGAGGUUAUUUAAACCGUCUAUGCAGCUUUUUCGGUUGAGAAAAAGGAUGUGAAGUGAUGGGGGAGACUUUACACUUGUUUAAAUCAAAUAAGAAGCUGGAGCUAAGAAUUAGUGCUACUCAAAAUAUCCCUAAAAGUCGUAUACUUGGUCCACUUGCAAACAAAUCUUCAAAAAAGACGUUAAAAUGUGUUACUUCAAUGAAAGUCAGUUUAGUAGCCACUGGCGGUGCUAAGGAUAUUGGAUCCUUUCUUCUGACAACAGCAGCACUCGAGAUCGUUCGAAGGUUCUCUUCAACUCAUUGUCCAUUUGUCUGGCACGGGAUUCAGGCGCUUCAAGUUCUCUGCUGUCCGCCAUUUAAAUGGAUCCAGAAAUGGGCUCCUUUCACUGGUUUGGUUAAAAGAAUGCAGAUGUUGUCAAAGCCAUUGAUGUUCCUCACAGUGGCAAAAGGUUUAUUUGAUGAAUCAGGCUCCUCAAAAGGAACACUCAGUGGAUCAAGUGCUGAACUGACAGAAUUAUCUACACAAUUGGCCAUCCAAGACACAAGGUCUUUCAACAACGUUUUGAGAAGUGUUGACAUGGAAGAUUGGUUGGUGAAACUCUAUUCAGAGCUUGAUAAGCAGGCUAUUACUAUACCAGAGAGGAUGAAUGUGGAUGAGCUUCGUAGAUUCUAUGCUGUCUCUGAAGGCGACUUUGCAAAGUUUUUAGGUUCAGUUAAGAAGACCAUUCGUUGGAGGCACAAAUACAGUCUUAUGUCACCACAAGAACUUGUAGAGUGGGUCAAUAUGGUCUUUUGGCAUGGAUCUGAUGUGAUGCAACGACCUUGCCUCAUUAUACGCGUCGGGAUAGCAGGCUCCGUAUUGGCUUCAAAAGGCCAAGCGCAGUUUGUUAGGGCAGUAGUUUCCCAGGUGGAGUAUGGAGUUCUCAACUUGCUUGAUGCGGAACAUCCUCAGAUUACUGUCUUGAUGGAUUGUGAAGGACUAACACCCUUUGGGUUCCCUGUAAAAACAUUCAGAUCAUGUGCGAUACUUCUUCAAGAUCAUUAUCCAAACCGGCUUGGAUGUUUACUUGUUGUACGACUUCCUUCUGUUGCGCGAAUGAUAACUCAAACUCUAUUCCAAGUUUUGAAGCCUAGGACCCAGCGAAAAUUAAUAGUCGUGGGUGACGACUACCCAGAGGUUCUUUCCAGAUACUUUCAAGAAUUGCCACCUUUUCUUGGCGGCAGUUGUUCUUGCCCUAAAUGUGCAAUUAAGUUGGAGGCAGUACAGGAAAAGAUAGAAGAUCACCAUCUAAAUAGUACAUCGUCUGGUUCUGAGCUUUGUGUUGGCGCUAGCUUAGAUAUAAGUAGGGAGCAUGUAAAGGUGGCUGCUGUGGGUGCGCUGCUUCUAUGGGUAUGUUUUGCUUUCAUUUUAGGAGUAUAUUAUCACCAGCUUUUGCUCCCUCAGUUGUACAGCAGAAGUGGUUCUUGAAAUCACUGUUUUUGCUGGUUAUUGUUUCAAGAUAACUUACAAGUUGGUUUCGUCUUUCAAUAACAACUUAUUGAUGAGCUUAUUUGGUGUUUCACUGUAAUGUUAUGGGUAGUAACCAACAUUUUAUGCCUGGACUAGAUGGAUAGCCAUAUUAUAUAUUUGAGGUUUGGGUGCAAACUUAGAGGUUGCAGAGUGGCAUCUGUGCUCAAACCAGUCAGGCCAAGACAAAUCAAAACAGCCAGGCUCUGGUUGGGUUGACUUGUAUUUGUAUAUUACAGUGUAUGUAUUUGUAAAUUUUUGUAAAUAACUGCUUCGAUAAUUACUUUUACAAAGAUAAUAUGGUUAUCAAAACAAGUUAACUA